AUGGCUUCUGCACCGGAGGCGCCGUCGGACGUCAGACGAAUUGAAUUGGAGGAAGAAGCGGUAGGACCUCGCUUUGUCAAUAAUGACUACUUCUUCCACAGAAUCGGCAAGCCCAUCCCCAUCCUCCAACAGUCUUCCCCUCAUCCUUUCGAUUUGCAGAACCCUCCAUCUCGCCCUCUCGCCGUCUCCUCAUCGCAUCUCUUUCUCGCUCAUUCGUCCGGGUUUUGUGUUGCCAGGACAAAGGAUGUCAUCGACGAGGCGGCUCGCUUGACCGGAAACUCCGAUUCCGCCCCUUGCGUUCAACAGCUUAGCAUUGUUGAUCUUCCUAUUGCUGAUGUUCACAUUCUCUCCCUCUCUUUUGACUCCUCUACUCUUGCUGUUGCCGUGGCGGGAAACCUCCAUUUCUUUCCCGUCAUUUCGCUUCUAAAAAACGACGUAAAGCCUUCUUUCUCGUGCUCACUUACUGGCCCAAGUACAAUCAAGGACAUCCAGUGGAGGACAAAUUCCCAAAAUUCUUGCCUCGUUCUUUCCAGUGAUUGCAAGCUGCAUCAUGCUGCUCCUGAUGUCCCUCUUAAACAUGUUAUGGAUAGUGUUGAUGCUGUUGCAUGGAGUGUGAAAGGAGAAUCAAUUGCCAUUGCAAGAGAGAACAGACUCGUCUUUUUGUCGACCAAAUUCAAAGAGAGGCUAUCAAUAUCUCUGCCAUUCAAUUCAUGGGGUGGGAUCGUCAAAGUGGAUUGCAUCAGGUGGGUUCGCGUUGAUAGCAUCGUCAUUGGUUGCUAUCAACAUAGCGAGGAUGGCAUGGAGGAGGAUUAUCGGCUUCAAGUAAUUAGAAGCAAAGACGGGAAAAUCACUGAUGCUGCCUCCAAACUAGGCGUUCUUUCAUUCUACGACCUGUUUUCAGGACUAAUUGAUGAUAUUGUGCCCAAUGGAAGUGGACCUUACCUCUUCUUGAGCUAUUUAGAACACAGCGAAGUUGCUAUUGUAGCUAAUAGGAAGAACACGGAUCAGCAUAUUAUGCUGCUUGGUUGGUCAGUUGGAGUUGGAAAGAAUGAAACUGCUGUUCUCGAUAUUGAUCGAGAUACCUGGCUCCCGAGGAUUCAGCUCCAAGAUAAUGGCGAUGAUAAUUUAAUCAUGGGUCUCUGUGUUGAUAAUGUUUCCUUUCAUGGGAAAGUGAAAGUGGAAGUUGGGCUUGACGAGCAGAAAGAAGUGCUCCCUCUUUGCGUGCUUAUUUGUGCAACUCUUGAGGGAAAGCUCGUCAUGUUCCAUGUUGCAAGUCGAAUAGGGAAUACAAUUCCACCUGAAGCAGAUUCUGCGGUUCAUGAUGAAGAGGGGGCUUUCCCUUUUGAGGUGCCUGAUGCACAAUAUGAAGAUAAUCUGUCUCUUUUGGGGGAACACAAACCGAAACCACAUGCAUUAGGCAUUCCCGUACAGAAUUCCAGUCAACCUGGAGCAGGCAUUAGUAAAGACAGUGGGGUCCCUUUCAAAUGUGACCUUAAGCCUUCAGAUAAAGAACAGGGGUCAACUAAGAUUGUUGCGGAAAAUAUGCGUAGUGUUGAUACUCCCGAUAGGAACCACAUAGCGAAACACAUAUUCAAUCAUGAGUCCCUGUCCUAUGAACAACCAAGAGACUCUGUUCCAGUCCCGCAGCAAGGUAUAAAUGGGCAACAGCUUCUGCCUUUUGGGCUGCCAAGUAUGAAGUUUGACCAAUCCUCUUCUAGGACCACAGUAAGUGAAGGCCUUGGUAUUCUGAAUGGACAAGCUGAAAGGUCCCAAGCUCAAAAGCUUAGUCUAGGCGAAACUCCUCUACCAUCAUCUUCUGCAAAAGCCUCCGGCAAUAUCCCCUCUCAAUUACAGUUACGAGGGAACUUAUUUCCUGAAAAAUCUGAAAGCACGGCAUCAUUGUCACACCCAGCAAAUAAAGGAUCUGUUGCUAGAAUAAGUGCAUCAAACUCUUUUAGGGAUCACCCAGGAAAACCUGUUCACUUGUCGGAUGGUUCUGCUCAGUUAAAUUCAGUAGAUCCAGCUAGGCCAACUCAGAUGGGAAGACUUGGUGUUUCAAGUGGAGUUGGGAAGUUGGAAUCGCUGCCUUGCAUCCGUACACAAUUAUCAUACCAGGAUGGUCUGAACCAGAGGCCUCAUGUUAGGAAGGAAAAGAGUCAGUCUCUCUCCAAUGCUAUGCCAAAUAUGACUAGACAGUUCGGCAGUAUUCAAGAGAUGGUUAAGGAACUGGAUAUGCUGUUGGAAGGCAUUCAAAAAAAGGGUGGCUUUAGGGAUGCAUGUACUGUUUCCUUGAAAAGUUCAAUUGAGGCUAUGGAGACUGGCUUUGAAGCUUUUUCUAGAAAUUGUGCCAUUUUGAAGGGUAUGAUGGAUAAGCAGCUUGAAGAAAUCCAACACCUUCUGGACAAUACUACACAAGUAUUGGCAAGGAAAGCAUAUAUGGAUGGGAUUGUGAAACAAACUUCUGACAGUAAGUACUGGGAACUGUGGGACCGACAAAAGCUGAGCCCUGAACUUGAGCUUAAGCGGCAGCACAUUUGGGAACUAAAUCAGGAUUUGAUGACUAAGUUGGUUGAAUUGGAGAGACACUUCAAUACUCUUGAACUUCAACAGUUCGGUGAAAGUGCUAGUCAUGGAGGACAGUCGGCUUUUCACAAUAAAUAUGGACCAUCAAGGCAAAUGCAGUCUGUACAUAGCUUAUGUAACAGCACAAACUCACAAAUUGCAGCUGCUGAACAUCUUUCUGACUGCCUCUCGAAACAACUGGAGGUUUUGCAAAUACAAUCACCAGUAAAACGAAAGAACAUAAAAAGGGAGCUGUUUGAGACAAUUGGAAUUCCUUAUGAUGUCUCUUUCAGUUCGCCAGAUGCAGAUAAAGCUGAUCAUAAAUCUUCAUCUGUGAAGCAUAUAUUGUAUGGUUCUGUUACUAGCAAACACCAGUCUAGGAGGUGCCAGUCAGGAGCAUUGAAGGGCAUCGAUUCUGAAUCAGCAAGGAGAAGAAGGGAUUCUUUGGAUCAGAGUUGGACCAGCUUUGAACCUACAAAGACGACUGUGAAAAGGGUAUUGUUGCAAGAUAAUCAUGAGUCAAUGGUUAGAAAAUCGUCCAUGCUGAUGGAUAGUCGGGAUUUUGGCCGUCAUUCGCUGGAUGGACCUGAUCUUCUUCUCCUGGAAGAUGAUAUAUCUGCAAACUUCUUGAAAUCAUAUGGAAACAAAGGUACGGAAUACCCGUCGACUUCCCAAGGGACAGGCUCAGGGUCUCCUAUGCAACGAGGUAACAGUACUGCAUCAUUAUCGGUUGGAUCAAUAAUAUCAUCCAUUGUUGGCCAAAAUGGUGCCAAGCAAACUGCCGGUACACCUUCUGCAAAUGACUCAAGCAGCAGAGGAUCUGGCUUUGAGAAAUACGCUAACCUACAUAAAAAGUCUGCUCCUGCCACCCUUCCUUCCUCUGGAAUGUUCUCUUUCCAGAAGCCAUUUGAAUGUCCUAAUAACCAAGGCAAUGCAUCAUUCACUAGUUCAGCAGUUGUUAACAUGAAGCCUGGACCAGAAAGUGAAAGCAGGUUACCAUUUGAUUCUGUUGCUCUUGCAGCCCCAAACACACCGGGAAGAUCUCCCCAGCCUAUCAAGAACCUCUUUGAUGAUAAAGGGCCAUCUCUAGGAUUCAUAAAACAGCUUUCAGAUUCCUCUUCUCAAACUACCAGUCUUCCAAACAUACCAUCCAUGUCAUCUCCAAUGUCUUUGAGUACAACUGCCACAUCUUUUCCAAAGGUAGUUGGGCCUCUGAUGUCUAGUUCUUGUGCCAGUACUGAUGCUAGAAAUUCUCGGUUGGAUCCUGCUUCAUUUGCAGCUCCCAAUUUAUUUUCAAAUAGCAACAUACAGCCUGGUGAAGGUGUGCAGCCUCUCGGUUCCUCAAUACGAUUUCCUGUAUCAUCUCCUCAAACUGUCAUGCAGUUGAAUGUUCCAUCUCUGCCUUCUGCUAUGUCAUCGGUUCUACCCAUGACGUCAGCUGCAAUGAGUCACGGGACUUCAAUUUCUAGCUCCAUGGCCAAUUAUGAUGGAACUCUCCUAGGUUAUUCGACAUCAUGUCCAGCAUAUUCUCCCACUCCUGUAUCAUCUGCUGGCAACUUACCUUUGAUUACCACUAAGAAACUCAGUUCUCUUGGAGAAACUGUGUCCUCUUUGGAUGUAGCUUCGCCAACAUCUGUGCCUCCUCAAAUAGAGGUUCAGCCUACACAGUCCAAAACUUUAAGUUGUGCUACUCAAAUACUGGCAGCUCGAGGAGAAAGUACAUCAGAUGAGGGAGCGGAUUCGACAUUGCAGUUGGAUACGACAAAGGUCCAGCAUAUUAUGGAUAGAAGUCUUCCUUAUCGUUUCGACUCAACUUGUCCAACAUUAGAUUCCUCUACAGCUGAGAUCCAGCGUCCCGCCAAUGAGACUAGUGCAAAAUCAGACGUGAUUGCUGAAGCGGAUCUACAAAAUGUGUUGUCAUUGGGUUUGAAAUCUGAACUGUAUAUGGUGCCUACCCCUACAGCUGAAACUGCAGUUAGCUCGGCAUCGUCAAACCACUCAGCAUUCAACGAAGUAUCAGCAACUUCUUCAUCCAGUGCACCAGUGGGGGCUGAGCUUCAACUAGUCUCUCAAGCACAGUGCCUUUUUGAAGCACCAGCGUUACCUGAGAAUAAUAUCAAUAGUUUCAGAUUUGCAAAGAAUGAAGGAUCUGAUCUUGCAGUUUCAGAGGAGGAUGAGAUGGAGGAGGAGGCUCCAGUUAUCAGCCCCACCAAUGAACUUAGCAGCUUGGGGACUUUAGGAGGUUUUGGUAUUGGCUCAACACCCGGUUCGGUGGCUCCCAGUGUGAACCCGUUUGGUGGUGCAUUCGGAACACAUGCAGCUGCCUCUUCUUCAUUCACUAUGACUGUGCCUACUGGUGAAUUGUUUCGGCCUGCGUCAUUCAGCUUUCAAUCUCCACUGCCUUCCCAGCCGCACCAAUCUGCAAAUAAUGUUGCUGGUGGGUUCUCUAGUGGCUUUGGCACUGCUGGAACAGGUGAGCAAUCUCCUACACAGAGUACGUUUGGGCAGCCAGCACAAGUUGGGGCAGGUCAACAAGCACUGGGUACAGUACUUGGUUCGUUUGGGCAGUCAAGGCAACUUGGAGGCCCUGUUUUGCCAGGAGGUGGUUUUGGGGUUGGUGCUGGUGGCAGUGCUUUUGGUGGGUUUGCUAGUAAUAGUAGCCCUCCUGCAGGUGGUGGCUUCUCCGGUGCUGCAACAGGCGGAGGGUUUGCUAACUUAGCGAAGAGUGGUGGUAGUGGGUUCGGUGGUCUGGGAUCAGCUGGUGUUGGUAUGCCUUCUGGAUUUGGAGGUUUGGCAUCAGCUGGGGGUAGUACGCCUUCUGGAUUUGGUGGUUUGGCAUCAGCCGGUGGUGGAGGAUUUGGCGCCAGUGCUGGUGGCGGCGGCGGAUUUGGGGGAGCAGCUGCCUCUGGUGGUGGUGGUGGCGGGUUCGGAGCUUUUGGCAGCCAACAAGGUGGUGGUGGGUUUGGAGCUUUUGUCGGUCAACAAGGGAGUGCAUUCUCGGGUUUCGGUGGUGUUGCUGGGGGAGGAGGAACCGGAAAACUUCCAGAGGCCUUUACAGUGAUGAGAAAGUAG